AUGUCCAGGGCGAAUUCAGUAUAAAAUUAAAGUGGAAAGUAAAGGCUAAUUUUGCAGCAAAGACUUAAACAUAUGAAUCAGCCUAAGGAGAUAACAAUGGAUUUGGCUAUUGAAGGGAGUAGAAAUGGCAAGCACCUCAAUUUUGAUUCAGGAAUGAGCAACUUAUAAGGUGAGUAUAUGGACAGAGCUAACACCUCAUGUGGGUUGAAAAGAUCAUCAAAUAAUCUUAAAAGGCCAGUAUAUGGAGCAUCAAUAAAAGUAUUUCAUGACCAGGAAGAUAUGAAAUGGACAUAGUCUAAACUCUAUAAGAAGUUCUUCAAUAGCAAUAAGCAUAUGAAUUAAACAUUUGAGGCGAAUCUCAACUAUGAUGAUCCCACUUUAGACCCAUCGAAGUAAUUCAGUCAUGAUUCAAUGUUUAAAAGAAGACAACUUCAAAGUAAAAUUUUUAGGAUUUUAAAACUUAUUUUAGACCAGAGCUAAAUCUUUGUGGAUCGAUAUAACAAUAAUUAUGAUCAAUCGAAUGUAAUGCAAAUAAAGCGUAAAAUUGAAUCUAUGAGUGUUGAUAAUCCGUUUACAUAUGUUGAAAUGCAGAAUAAAAAAUUAGCUGGUGAAACCAUUAGUAAAAAUAUAAAGCCUUAUGAAAUCGUGAUAGCAGACUAAACUAACAAUUUUAGGCCUCAUCCAUUGAUGAUGAAAAGAGGCAGUGUGGUUAUACCUAGCACAAAGAGUAUUAGAAACUAAACUAAUUUCAACACUCUGACCUAAAAAAAUCUUUAAACUACCACAGAUCAAAACAUAAAAGUAAAUACCCUUGUCUAAAACACAGAAAAUCUCAAUCAAGAUGAAAGAAGAUUGAGAAUUAGAGAACAAAUCUUGAAAGUGAUUUAAAAGAGUCCCUAAAAAGCGAAGGAUAUGUACCAAUAUAUCAAUAAUUAUACUCGAACUCAAUAGAAAAGUCACUUAAAUUCUCAAUUGCUGAAUGAGAGUUAAUGA